GAGCUAUCAAAUUCGAAAAACAAUGGCGGCCUCUCCGCAUAUUUCGCCGCCCAAUCUUUCCCGCUAUAAAUUAUUCUCUACUUCCGCUGUUGAAAACCCUAAUUACUAUCCAUAUCAUAAUAUCGAUAGUCGUCGGCGGAGAUUGACCAAAUCGCAUCUUCAAGCGCAGAACAGUGGUACCAAUAUUAGCUAUGGUACUCGGACGACGGAAUUCGCCUCCUCCUCUAAGAAACUAUGGAUUAGGCAAAUGGAGGUGGAGCAAGGGCAAAUAGAAGAUGAAGAAGAAGAGCAAGAGGAUAUGAGUGACGAAGCGAGUCUGCUGUCGUUGAGCAUGAAACCGGACAGAAACAUGGCGGCGUUGCUCGACGAUUACGAGAUGGAGGAGCUUGGCCACACUCCUCCUCCUGAUACCAAUCAUCGCAGCGGAUACGUGGCGGUGGUUGGGAUGCCGAACGUGGGUAAAAGCACGCUUUCUAAUCAAAUGAUUGGUCAGAAAAUCUCUAUUGUCACUGAUAAACCUCAAACCACCAGGCAUCGUAUUCUCGGUAUCUGCUCCACCCCUGAUUAUCAGAUGAUACUUUAUGACACACCUGGAGUCAUUGAUGCACAGAAUGUCCGUGAUGCUGCUAUCAAUGCUGAUUGCGUUGUUAUUCUCGUUGAUGCCUGUAAAACCCCUGCUAAUAUAGACGAAGUCUUGAAAGAGGGCUUGGGAGACCUCCAGAAGAGGCCACCCAUGCUUCUUGUUAUGAACAAGAAAGAUCUUAUCAAACCUGGUGAGAUUGCCAAGAAACUCGAGUGGUAUGAAAAAUUCACAGAUGUUGAUGAAGUUAUUCCUGUUAGUGCAAAGUACGGACAUGGAGUAGAGGAUGUCAAAGACUGGAUCUUAUCCAAACUUCCCUUUGGCCCUCCUUAUUAUCCCAAGGAUAUUGUGAGUGAACACCCAGAGAGAUUCUUUGUUGCUGAGAUCGUUAGAGAGAAGAUUUUUAUGCAGUACCGAAAUGAAGUUCCUUAUGCAUGUCAGGUGAACGUGCUGAGCUACAAAACUAGACCAGCUGCAAAAGAUUUUAUUCAAGUAGAAGUUGUAGUGGAUAAAAAUUCCCAGAAGAUCAUCCUUAUAGGAAAAGAAGGGAAGGCUUUGAAAACGCUAGCAACGGCUGCUCGACUAGACAUUGAAGAUUUCCUUGAGAAGAAAGUCUUCCUUGAGGUGGAAGUGAGAGUGAAGGAGAACUGGAGACAAGAUGAGGGACUUCUCAAGUACUAUGGCUAUGGAGGACAGAUCCGAGCUAUGUAG